UGUGAUGUCAGAUAAUCUUUAGGUGAAAUAAAGAAGAAGAAAUUCACCUUAAGAAGGUGAAUAGGACAUUGUUUAAAGAUAGGAAAAUAAAUAUAAUAAAAUUCAAAGGUAUUUAAUCAUGAGUAAAAAGAAAUGAUUUGUAAGCAUAUGUUUAAUAGCCAAAAAUCAAACGUAUUAGAGAUGAUUAAAUUGAGGAUCCAUAAGAAGAAGAUGAUGACAAAUAAUCUGAUAAAUUUGGAGGGUUUGUUUUUACAAAAACAAAAAGUAAGUUUAUACUAUUAUUUAAAAUAGACGAAACAAAAAAGUAAUAUAUAUAUGAGCCUAAAAAAUAAUAGCCAGUUUAGUAAUAGAAGAAAGAAUAUUAUCAAAAAAAAGAAUAGGCACCAAAGAAAAAGCCUGAAAAGAAAGGUAAUAAGUAAUAGUAGUAGUAAUAAUCAUCAUAACAGUACAAAUUUAAUAUAAAAAUUAGAAAGGAAAUAUCUAUCCAAUAAUUAGGUGAGUUAGAAAAACUACAAUAACAUCUAAUAAAUUGUGGUAUUUCAAUAACAAAGAAUUAAGAGAACUAUGAUUCAGAAUUAGUUUUGCCUCCUGAUUUUAAUAAGCCAUUAUCUAUUCCAAGUUAACCAAUAGUAGCACCACCUCCAGGAUUAGUAGAUAAAGAUAAAUCUUCUGAUUUUGUGGAUAUUUUAAAUUAAUUGUAAGAUAAUGAUUCAGAUGGUUAAAUGAAUUAUGAUUAGCAUUUUUCUUCUUCAGUUUUAACAAGAGGGACAUUUCCAAUUUAAACUUAAUAAUAAAAUUAAUUUAAUAAUUAAAAAGCAAUUCCUACAAAUAAUCAAAAUUUUACAAAUAAUUAAACAGAUUAAAAAAAUAAAGAAAAAAAGAAGAAAAAUAAAAAGAAGAAACCAAAAAAUAAUAAAAAUUAAUAGGAAGUAGCUAUGAUGAAUAAUUAACCUGAUUUUAUGAAUUCAAAUUCUGCUGAACUUUUUGAUCCUUUUAAAAUUGCACCAUUUUCAUUUCCUUAAUAAUAAUAAAUGGGUCGAAAUAAUUUACCAGAUCCUCUUAAUAUUUCAGGUCCAACAUUUACAACUCCGUUAGGAUUUCCACCUCCUGGUAUGAUGGGUUUGGGCCCAUAAAUUACUCCAUUUAAUUCAAAUCUUUUAGGAGCUCCAUAAUCUUUAGGAUUUCCUCCUGGACCUACUUUAGGUAUGGAACCUUUGGAUCCUACUUUUUAAAUGGGACCUAAUAUAGGAUCUAUGAGAAUGAACUAAAUGAUGCCUCCUAAAUUUAAUUAAAUGCCAAAUAUGACUUAAAUGCAUAUGCCAAUGCCUAUGCCUAUGACAAUGGCUCCUCCUCCUUAAAUUAAAAAGUAAUCUCAUAAAAAUCAUAUGAUGAUGUAACCUCCUACUUAAUUUGAUGGAUAAGUUUUUUGUCCUCCUAUGAUGCCUCCACCUAUGGGAAAUUAAUUUACAGAUUUCCCUCCAAAUAUACCUUUAGGAUAAUAAUUCCCUCCCAAUUUAAUGAAUUCUGGACCUAUACUAGGAGUGCCUCCUAUGAUGUAAUUUGAUGAUGAAUUUGAUCAUAAUUGGAUGCCAAAUGAUGGAAUGUUAAAAAUGCCAACACCAAUUUAAGUUUUCUCCAAUCAAAAUUUCCCUAAUCUAUCCUAAGUUUAACAUCCUGAUUCAUAUAUGUAAGAACCUGAAAAAUUUAUUCCUUAAAAUAAAAAUGGAAAUGAUUUUAAUAGUGAUCAAAUCAAUUAAUUAGCUUAAAAUAAUGAUGGAUAACAAAAAUAAAGAAAGUAACUCUUCAUCUAUUUUAUUUUAGAAAAUUAAAUUUAAAUUCUAAACCAUUUUAUCCAGUAAAUCCUUGAUUGUAAC